AUGCAGUUGGAUUUAGCUGAUCCAAACUUUCACAAGCCAGGAUCUAUUGACGUUCUACUUGGUGCCGUUGUGGAUGCUCACAUACUACAAGGAAUACACAAGUACAAUUCUCUGAUCGCACUUAACUCUCGUCUGGGUUGGUUAAUCUCCGACAAGGCUUUACAAACUGAUACUGAAACACAGGAACACAAUAUGAUAGUUGCUCAGACUAAAUUCGAAGCAGAUCAGUUACUCAGACAAUUCUGGGAAAUUGAAGAGAAUUUACCUCAUAAAAAGCCGAUGACUGAAUUAGAAGCGCAAUUUGAAGAGUAUUUUAAAUCCACACACGCGCGCAAUGAUGACGGACGUUACAUUGUGUGUUUACCGUUCAAGGAUGCUCCUCCCACAAAUAUUGGUGUUGUUAGACUUCUUGCUGUUAGUUAUUUACAGUACAUGAAGGAACCUUUCACAGGUAACGCUGACUUCAAGGAAGACUAUCACAAAUUUAUGAAGCAGUACGAGUCAGAAUCUCAUAUGAUAAUGGUAUCUGAAAAUGAAAAGAAAACACAAAACCUUCACUACUUACCUCACUACGCUGUUCUUCGGCCGACGAGCUUGAACACGAAGCUACGAGUUGUCUUCGAUGGAAGUGCUACACCUGAAAGAGGAAAAUCGUUAAAUGAAGAACUUUUGAUUGGAUAUCCGUUGCAACAAGAUGAUUCAUUGGCACUGCGAAAGAUGUUGCAUGCCUUUGCAUUUUUUUUCCCAUUUACCACGAGGUUGGCGAAUAAUCCGGCCGAUUUAGCUUUCCAUGGAGUAUACCCAUCAGGUUUGCAGCACUCUGAACUAUGGUGGAAUGGCCCACAAUUUUUAGAAGACCUCGAUAUUGUUGUUAAUUUAAAUAACGUUGUACCUGCACCAGAUUUAGAAAUGAAAGUUAAAACUAAAGUGCAGACAAAUAUAAAUGUUUUUCAAAAUGAUGCUGUUAUUUCUUACCUAAAAAGAUACUCGACACUUUCGGAACUGAUACGUGUAACUGCUUAUUGUUUACGUUUUAUUAAACUGUGUAAACUUAACACAGAUAGAACAUCGUUUGAUGAACCUGUUUAUCUGAGUCCAAAUGAGUUUGACGAUGGUCUAAAUAGAUGCAUUAAGAUUUUUAAUCAGUUUCGGUCAGUUAUGAAAUUUCUCGAUUAUCACAUGGUGAACGAGUUCACCAAUCCAGCAAACUACAUGUUCUUAACCCAUAUCUAG